AUGGCAGCCACCAUAGGCUGGGGAGUAAAAGUCCCUUGCCAUUUCCGACUGUUGGAAGAACUUGAAGAAGGCCAGAAAAGAGUAGGAGAUGGCACAGUUAGCUGGGGUCUAGAAGAUGACAAAGACAUGACACUUACAAGAUGGACAGGGAUGAUAAUUGGGCCUCCAAGAACAAUUUAUGAAAACCGAAUAUACAGCCUUAAAAGAGAAUGUGGACCUAAAUACCCAGAAGUACCCCCCUUUGUAAGAUUUGUAGCAAAAAUUAAUAUGAAUGGAGUUAAUAGUUCUAAUGGAGUGGUGGACCCAAGAGCCAUAUCAGUGCUAGCAAAAUGGCAGAAUUCAGAUGGCAUCACAGUUGUCCUUCCAGAGCUUCAGUGCCUAAUGAUGUCUAAAGAAAAUAUGAAACUCCCUCAGCCACCUGAAGGACAGUGUUACAGCAAUUAAUCAAAAGGAAAACCA